AUGAUGCAGUAUGGUGCUCCCUACAAUGCUUUAGUCCUGCCUACUCUGUCUUUAGACUCCCCUUUUCUUCUCUGGCUUAGUCAGCAUCAACUACCAAAAUUACCUUCAAUUCAAUCUAUGCUUGAAGGUAUUACUAUCAGCAAUGAAAAUAAGGGACAGUCUUCCUUAACUAUGAAUAAUCAUCGUCGUCACGCUUCGGAAUAUAGUAUAUCAUUAAACCACUUUUUACCAAAGCCACUUGAACCAAAAAUAGAUGAUUUAACAAGUAAUAAAACCUCAACAACUAGGAAUAACUUUUAUCAUAGUCGUUCGUAUUCAGAUUAUACUCAUCCUUAUCCUGUUAGUAUUAAUAAUAAUACUUCUCAUACAAACCAUAGACGCGCCUACUCGACAAGUACUAUAAAUUUUCAUCAAAUACAACAGAACCCACCUUCUCUCUCUUUAUCUCAUUCUUCUUCAUCAUCUUCAUCCUCUUCUUUUUCUUUUGAUGAAUCUCAUAAAUUAAUGCAUCAGGUAUCUGAUAGCAAAAGCAAAUUAAAUCACUCUACUUCAACAUAUAAAGCGAAAUUAAUAACACCAAAGCAGCAUAAUAAAUACAUUUGCUCCUAUUGUACUAAAGGAUUUUCGCGACCAUCUUCAUUACGUAUUCAUAUCUAUUCACAUACAGGCGAAAGACCUUUUGAAUGUAUUGAGGAAGGUUGUAAUCGUAAGUUUAGUGUACAAAGUAAUAUGAGACGGCAUCUACGUGUCCAUCGAUUAGGAAAAUCACUUAAACGAAAUGGUGGAUGUAUUUCCCCAGCUGAUCGAGCACAACUAAUCAAUAAACCUCUAGCUGCAAAUCAAUGGAUAUAA